AUGUCCAACUACGCCAUCUCAACCGAAGCCACUCGGAUCCUAAAAGAAGUUCUCCUUCGGGAUCCCAAGCUACAACUUCCGGACUCUUUCAUCAAAGCCGCCGAGAGAGUCAAGUUCGUUGGAGAAGACGACCAACCUUUCGUUCUUACACCUCUUAAGAUCACGGAGUCGAGCGCAGCCCUGAACGCCCUCGUAGCCACAGCCGCAAACGUUGUCGUAGCAGAGCGCUAUGGCAUCAAUUACCAAGAUGUUGAGAUUAACACGGACCUUGCAACCCUGUUCCUUGAAUCGGUGUUACUACCCACCAUUGGCGGCAAGCACUUUAUGCAGAACGAGAAAAUGCUAGCAGAGCUUGCCAAGAUGGACAUCCAUCAGAUGGCCAAACCCGUCAGGCGAUAUGCGACGAACGUUUAUCGUACUAAGGACGGAAGAUGGUAUCAUCUGCAUGGAUCUAUGAAUGCUUUGCCUACGAUGGAGAUGCUGGGUGUUGAGGAUAGUGAUCUCAGCACUGAAGAAGCUUUCGAGACCUACGCGAAAAAGGUUGCACAAUGGGAUUCUAAAGAGAUUGAGAAGGUCGCCAAUGAGAAGUACAAGCAGGCUGGUGUAGUAUGCUAUACGCCUGAUGAGUUCUUUGCAAGCGAGCACGGCAAGAUCAUGUCGAAAGAACCAUUGUGGACAUCAACUCGCGUGCCAGCACCGAAAAAGCCUUGGCCCGAAGCCAAAGACCGCCAAAGCUAUAGUCCACUCGCUGGUAUCAGAGUCAUCGACUUGUCCCGUGUCAUCGCAGCUCCAGCGGUAUCCAAGAUCCUCAGUGUUCUUGGUGCCGAUGUUAUCCGCGUCUCCUGCAGCAGGUUACCCGAGUACGCGACAACAAUGCCAGAUCUUCAGACUGGCAAGAGAGACGUUAAUAUUGAUCUUAAGACAGAGGAGGGACGACAAACCUUUUCUGAGCUUCUCAAAGGGGCUGAUAUUCUUGUUGAUGGAUUCCGUCCUGGCGCCCUGGCGAAGCUAGGCUUUGACUCCAAGUCUUUGCGUGAGCUGAGCCCAAGUCUGAUCUAUAUGAGAGAGAACUGUUAUGGUUUCGAGGGGCCGCUUGCUUACCGUUCUGGAUGGCAGCAGAUCAGCGACUGCUUGGUCGGUCUGUCGUAUCUGCAGGGUAAGUUCCUUGGCCUUGAUGAGGCUGUUGUUCCACUGCUCCCAAACUCUGACUACCAGACCGGAUUAGUUGGGGCCGCGGCUGCCAUCCAGGCAUUAUUAGCCCGCACUAAAGAAGACGCCACCUUUGACAUCGACAUCAGCCUUACGCAGUAUAAUAUCUGGUAUUAUCGUCUCGGCUUGUACUCCGAGGACCAACAGAAGACUCUAAGAAGCCGGGACCUGCAGUUCAAUCCUCGCCAUCACGACGAUAUGGGUGCACUCGUUGGCAAGACGCAUCAUUCGUUGCAGAAAAUUCGCCCAGAAAUGUUCAAGCACCCUGAGUACUUUUGGGACAUGAGCGGCAAGGAAUAUGGACUGGAUGAGGACUUCAAAGUGCUGGCACCUGCGUUCAAGUUUGAGAAGUCGAGUAUUGGCUGGAAAGUUCCGACCGGACGAAGAGGGAGGUCGAAGGCUGAGUGGGUAUCAUAA